CCUACAACUGCAUCUAAAAUAGGAAGAGAUAGCAGUGUUGCUGUGCAAGGAUCUCUUUUUCGUUUCCUCCUCUACGGUACGUCCAUAACGACCAUUGCCAAGUACAACUAAAUGUACAACUAGACUACUUAUUCCAGUCAGCAUUGUCGUUUCUCAACUGAUAUGAUACAUCGUUACGGAUUUCUGCUAAAUCGGAAUUUCACAGAACCUACCUGCACCUUUGAUUUCAUUGUACACACUGAUGCACCCAUCGAAGAGACAACGUUAAGGAUGCAAGAUACCAUUCUUCGGGUGUUUGUGCUGGCAGUUAGUCUACUGUAUCCCAUCCCCAGAGAGGACAGAACAGGACAGGUUCAGGAGCAGGAUGAUCACAUAAUGGACAUGCAGGAGCGUGAAGAUUGGCUGCUGAGGGAGAGGGCAAAGCUAGAACAGGAAGUGUCACCACUGGUAACCCAAGAGGAAGGGCCCAUCGACCAAAAACCCUUACAACUUGAAGUACAACAGGUCGAUCAAAUUGACCAAAACCAUUAUCAAAAGGGCUUGGAAGAGACUCUCAUCGAACAGAAACAUUCUCAAGAGAACAAAGAGAAAGAUGAAGAGAAAGAGGAGGGAUCUCACAUUGACCAUAAGCUUUCACAAGUACACCAAGAUGUACCUAAGACAGAGCAAAACCAAUCACCAGAGGACAAGGAACAGUCUACCAUUGACCUCAGCCUAUCAUUAACCCUUUCACAAGGAAACGACCAAGAGCAGCAUGCUUCGGACACAGAGGCAUUUCACAAUGACAAGAAGCUGUACCACUUGGACAAGGACAUGGCGAAUGUCAAUCAACAGUGGCCACAAGAGGUCCAGACUGGUAGUUGCAAUAGUGACCAACAGACAUCACCAGAGCGUCAGGAAGAGUCUCAGGUCGACCAGCAGCAAUCUAAAACAGACCAGGAAGCAGAACAGGAGGUGCCACCUAUCUUCAGUACAUCAUCAGAGGGGAACCAGCAAGAGCAUCUCACAGACCAGCCGUCUAACACACAUCAGGAAGUAAAAGUACCACCCAGCCUCAGAAAGUCAGACGACCAGCAACAUCUCACAGAACAAUAUAACACAAACCAGGAAGAGACACCGAUUCUCAGCGAACCAUCAAAGGAUGACCAGCAGCAGGAGCAUGUCACUAAUAUCAUAGACUCGGAGAGCGACUACACCUGGUACCUAUGGAACACAUACUCCCUCAUCUCUUUUGUUCAUUUCUCCAUUAAAUUCUUCAGAAGACGUUCACAGAAGAAGCCCCAUCCAGGAGAGAUCAUUCAGGAGGAUAUGGAAGACAUCUCUGUCGUGAAAAACCUCUCGGCUGACGUUCCGCUACCGGACCGUGAUACACUCAACCGUUUUUACGACAAAUGUGUCAAAGUCUCACCCAAUGAGAGCUGGAGGGUGACUGAGUUUGUGGAGGGUUUUGCUAAUGACCUAUUAGAAGCCAUGAGGAGCAUGAGUGAUGUGGAGGUUGGCAUGGUGAUUGAAGACUUUGUGGUGGAGAGCAGGAUCAGUUCCCUUGUGUGUGACAUCAUAGUCCCCAUUGCCCCGUUAGUGCCAUACAGUUUCCAGUUUCAACUCUGGUGUAACCAGGCUAUUGAUGAUAUGCCACCUGAAAUGGAGGGCUGUGGUAGAGUCAAAAUGGUGGAUGAUGGUGUGAACCAAAAUGGCUGCCCAUGUCGCACAGCUGCCAUAGGAGAUGAUGAUAUGCUGUGCCUGCUGUGUUGUGACAAUGAGAAAGUCAAAGUGGUAAAAGUCACUGAUGUAUUGGAUAGCGCUCUUUGCUCAAAACACACCCCUUACCUGGCCAAAACCCAGGUUACCAAAUGGUUCCAGACCACAAUUAGAAAAGCUUGGGGACAGAUAUCCCACAAAUACGAAUUUGAGCUGACAUUUCGCAAUAUGGACGCCCCAGGAGCUCUGAUGGUUCGAUUCAGAUCAGGGAAGGUGAUAGCCUUCGAUAUGGCUCCCGUGGUGAAACUCAAAGACACUGAAGCUUAUUUCACCAUUUCUCAUUCCACUCCACCUAGGACCAACUCAUUGGACACAUACUGGAGCCUCUCGUUGACCACUUACGAGGACCACUUCCUGAAGUAUCUGACCAAUAACCUGCCUGAAAACUCCUGCCACAUUCACUGCCUUGGAAUUGUAGCGUUCCUUCACAAAAAGCAAACGGGCCUCACAGGCAGAAGUAUCCUGACAGAUCAUCACUUCAAAACAGUGUUAAUUCACUUGCUUUUGAGUAAAGAGCCUUCUGACUGGUACCCUGAACACUUGGGUAGCAGGUUACGUGAUGCAUUGAGCUUCCUAGAAAAUAGCCUUCAGGGCAGGAAGUUGCUUCACAGCUGUAUUGGAAAGCCUCUGGUUCCAAGUGAGAUUGGACUCCCUGCUGUAUUUAAUGAUGCAGAGCCUGUAAACCUCUUCCGCCCUCUUGGGGUACAAAAUGGCAGCUACACCAAGACUGUAAAGCACUUGCAAGAGAUGCUCAGGAACUCGUCCAUGCUGAUACAGGAGUAUUUGCCAAAGCCAAAGGAAUGCAAUGGUCUGGACAAAACUUCAACUGGUAUAGAGUGAACAAUUUAAGGUUUAUACUGGACAAUUAACUGUAAAGAUGCCAAAUCUACAAUGACAUGAGGAAACACAUACUUAAGUGAUUUCAUGUUAUUAAAAUGCAACUGAAAAGUUCCACCCCACCACCCAGACCCAAAUAAAUGCUUACUUGAAAGUUA